AUGGCCGCAUCAGCUAUAUUUUUAAUGGACUCAAAGGGUAAAGUUCUAAUCUCACGUAACUAUCGUGGUGAUGUUCCAAUGAGUGUUGCAUCAAAAUUUAUAUCAAAAAUUUUAGAAGAAGAAGAUCUCAACUUAAAACCAAUCAUCCAAGAAGAUGGUAUCUCUUAUAUUUAUGUUAAACAUAAUAAUUUAUUUUUAUUGGCAACAACAGAAAGAAAUGCAAAUGCGGCAACAAUAUUAUUAUUUUUAUAUAAAAUGAUUGAAGUUUUUAAUGAAUACUUUAAAGAAUUAGAAGAAGAGAGUAUUAGGGAUAACUUUGUAGUAAUUUAUGAAUUGAUGGAUGAAAUGAUGGAUUUUGGAUAUCCACAAUCUACAGAGCCAAAGAUUCUUCAAGAAUAUAUUACUCAAGAAGGUUAUAAAUUAGAGAGAGGUGCAAGAGGUAUGGUAUUACCAGCAGCAAUUACAGGUGCAGUCUCUUGGAGAAAAGAAGGUAUUAAAUAUAAUAAGAAUGAAGUAUUUUUAGAUGUUGUCGAAUCAAUCAAUCUUUUAGUUUCAGCAAAUGGUACUGUACUUAGAAGUGAAAUCGUUGGUGCCGUUAAAAUGAAAUCAAAAUUAUCUGGUAUGCCAGAAUUAAGAUUAGGUUUAAAUGAUAAAAUUUUAUUUGAAAAUAGUGCAAAGACUGGUGCACCAAAAGGUAAAGGUGUAGAAUUAGAAGAUGUUAAAUUCCACCAAUGUGUUAGAUUAUCAAAAUUUGAAAAUGAUAGAACUAUUUCAUUCAUUCCACCAGAUGGCGAAUUCGAAUUGAUGAGUUAUCGUUUGAAUACAACUGUUAAACCAUUGAUAUGGGUAGAAUGUAUUAGUGACACACAUGCACAUUCGCGUGUUGAAUAUAUGGUUAAAGCCAAAUCACAAUUUAAGGGUAAAUCAAUUGCAAACAAUGUAGAGAUCAUAGUACCAGUACCACCAGAUGCUGAUACUCCAAAAUUCAGAUGCACUGUUGGUACUUGUAAAUAUGCACCAGAGAAAGACGCAAUCAUUUGGACAAUCAAACAAUUCCCAGGUGGUGGUAGAGAGUUUUUAAUGAGAGCUCAUUUUGGUUUACCAUCAAUCUCUGAUGAAAAACCAGCUACUAAACCUCCAAUCAUGGUUAAAUUCGAAAUUCCAUAUUACACCGUUUCUGGUAUCCAAGUUAGAUAUCUUAAAAUUAUUGAAAAAUCUGGUUAUCAAGCUUUACCUUGGGUACGUUAUGUUUGUUUAAGUGGUGAUUAUCAGUUUAGAACUUCUUAA